UGUUAUCAAAAUACACAAAGUAAACAUGUACACUAAGGUAGCGUUGCUUCUGUGCGUGGCGGGUAUCGCGUCUGCUGGGAACCUCCUGCACGGAGGCGCUCCCCUCUCGCUUGCUACAUACAGCGCUGCACCUGCGCUGGCAUCGUACGCCGCACCGGCUGUCGCUACCUACGCCGCGGCACCCGUCGUCACAAAGACUAUCGCCGCCGCACCAGCAUACGCUGCCUACGCGGCCGCUCCCUCCGUCGCUUACCAAACUCUCUCCGCUCCCGUCGCCACUUACGCCGCGGCCGCUCCCGUCGUUUCCAGCACGUAUGCGGCUGCUGCACCUAUAGUCACUAAGGCGUACGCCGCACCUGCUUACUCCACCUAUACUGGCGGCUCGGCGGUAUCCUACCAAACCGUCACUAGACAAUCAUCCCCGGUAGCGUACGCAGCUUCCACAUACGCCGCGGCAGCACCAGUUGUUGCUCGCACGUAUGCCGCCCCUGCUGUUUCAUAUGCAGCCCCAGCUAUCUCUGCUUACCACGCCGCUCCAGUGGCCUCUUAUGCGGCUGCUCCUCUGGUCACUAAAGCCAUUGCGGCUCCUGCCCUCGCUGCCUACGCUGCGCCGGCUCCCGCUGUUUCUUACACUUCUAUCGCGUCCCACGCCGCUCCCGUUGCGUAUGCCGCCGCUCCAUUAGUAACUAAGUCAUACGCCGCCCCAGUUGCUACAUACGCUAGUGCGCCAUUGAUUUCCAAGACUAUCGCGCCAGCUGUUACCUAUUCCUCGAUUGCUGCUCCCGUGGCCGCGUACAGCGCUGCGCCUGCAUACACCGCCGUCAAAUCGUACUACACCGCCGCCGCACCUGUCGCCUACAACCACGGAUGUACACAUCCUUGCGGCAAGGAGGUAUUGCACAAAAACGCUUCGAAGAUUCGGUACCAGUUUGUACAUGAUGGUAUAAAAGUGGAUGCGGGAACUUUUUGUAUUCAUACUGUCAUCAUAACACGAACAAACAUGUAUACCAAGGUAGUAGUACUUAUGUGCGCUGCGGGCAUUGCUUCCGCCGGCAACCUACUCCACGCAGCUGCUCCCGUGGCUUACAGCGCAGCACCAGCCGUGUCUCACGUGUCUUACUCGACGCAUUCCAGCCCGGUUGCUGCAUUCGCUGCUCCCGGCUUGACCACCUACAGCGCACCCGUGGUUACCAAGACCCUCGCGCCCUCCGUCUCUUACCAGUCUUACUCCACUCACUCUUCUCCAGUCGCUACCUACGCUGCACCAGUUGUAGCUAAAUCUCUUUCUCCAAUUACUUACUCUUCAAGCCCAGCGGUUUAUCAAACGGUAUCACAUGCCUCGCCGCUAUCUUACGCAUCCCCUGCCUAUUCGACUUACGCAUCGCCGGCGAUCUCUACUUACCAUGCUCCUGUUGUAGCUAAAACUCUAUCUCCCGCUCUCUCAUACUCUUCUGUAGCUAGUCAUUCUGCUCCUCUGAGCUAUGCUGCUGGACCUGCCUACUCGACGUAUUCUGCUGUCCCUGCUAUCAAGGGCGCUAUUACAUACUCCUCUGCGCCCGCUGUGUCUCACGUCUCUUACGCUGGUUUGGGAGCGAGCUAUGGUUGUUUGGAUAUGGAGUAUAAAAGUGCUUGCAAGUUAAUUUGUGUACAUUCAAUCAUUGAAACACAUAGCAUCAACAUGUACUCCAAGGUUUUAGUAUUCCUGUGCGCCGCUGGCAUAGCGUCUGCCGGCAACCUUCUACACGCCGCACCCGUGGCUUACAGCGCGGCUCCAUCCGUUUCCCAGGUGUCUUACACGUCACACGCAGCCCCUGUUGCGUACGCUAGCCCAGCCGUCGCAUACUCCGCACCAAUCGCAAAGACGGUAGCAUACUCUGCUCCAUCAGUCUCGUACCAGUCUAUCUCUUCUCACUCCACUCCUCUUUCUUACUCUUAUGCAUCUCCUGCUAUCUCCACUUACAACGCCCCUGUUGUAACUAAGACGAUCUCUCCUGUCUCCUAUUCUUCUGUAGCACACUCUGCACCCUUGUCCUAUGCUGCUGCUCCAGCAUACUCUGCGUAUUCUUCUGUUCCCGUCAAAACCGCAGUGACAUAUUCUGCUGCGCCAGCGGUCUCACAUGUCGCUUACACCGGUCUCGGUGUAAACUACGGCUGGUGAAAACGGAACUUUACUGCAAUUUAUUUCAUACGCGGAUGU